UGUUCUAUGUACUUCGGGAUGUCUGAAGAACCGAACAACCACUGGUGCAGGCGGUAGUACUGGGAGACAUAAUACCACAUAGCAUUUCCGGCGACACCCGUUCUCGCCUAUCCCAAAGUUGCCUACCUCCCUCCCCGGAAAUAAGGAAAUACGAAGUAGCAAAUGCCACAAUGACAAGUACACUUUCAAAAUCUCUCUGUCUCUUCUGUCUUCCAAAAACCCGUGAUGUGUGUCGUGAUGCACUCACAUCCCCAACCCCGCCCUACGCCAAAACCCCACUGUAAUUCACCCCUGCUAUCCACUCCGCCGGGCUCACUCACUAUUGGCGAUCACGAAACGUCGUCUGUGCGCCGCCUCGAAACCCUUGACUCGUGAUCGAGCAAAACAGCUCACCACUUGUCCACCACAAGCUCCAAGCCAUCAAGCAGCCUUCACAUGACCGCCCAGAGCAUCGACUCCCCAACUAGCCAAUCGCGUGUAAAGCUUUGCCUCCUCCAAGCCCUGGGCAUAUCACCAUGCUUGAUACAUGGUCCGAACUCGAGGACACCGAGUACCACAAGUUUGACGGCAUUAUCAACUUUCGUGAUGUCGGCAAGACGGUGAAUGCAUUUCUGGGGAAGAAAGUACUCAAAGAAGGCAUUCUUUUCCGUUCGGCAAAAUUGGACGAUGCUUCGUACAAAGACAGGAUCCGUCUCACAGAGGUCUAUGGCAUCAAAUCGGUGAUUGAUCUCCGGUCAAAAACCGAGCACCUCAACGCCCAAGAAAAGCACAAAUUCCUCCAAAAGAACCUCCCCCUCAAAAUCCCCGGCAUCACCUACACCCGAAUCAUCCUCCCCUCCCGCCGCUUUGAGCUCUUCCUCCUCUGGCAACUAUCCUGGUUCAACAUCUUUAAAUUCCUCUUCCUCUACCCCCUCUCCCGCCCCCACGCAAUCUCCCUAAUCUCAACCCACGCUCUCGGCCCGCUAGGCCUCCCCUCCCUCUCCCUCAACACCCUCUCCCACUCCUCCCCCUCCAUCUCCCUCUGCCUCUCCUCCUGCCUCUCCGGCCAUCCCAAAAUAAUCCACUGCACCCAAGGAAAAGACCGCACCGGCCUCCUGACCCUCCUCAUCCUCCUCAUCCUCCACACCCCAGUCCAAGCCAUAACCCACGACUACCACCUCACAAACUCUACCUCCCCCCUCAUCCGCUCCAUCCGCCUCGCCGAGGUCCGCGAGGUCGGCCUCCCCGACUCGUUCGCCGAGACAGACCAAGCCAUGGUAUCGUCGGUGAUCUCCUGGCUGGACGCAACCUACGGGGGCGUGGACGGGUACCUGGAUGCCAUCGGGUUCGGGGAGCAGAAGCGGGAGCGGUUGAGGGAGAUCCUACUCUGCCGGGGGGAGGAUGAUAAUGAUGCAAAAGAAAAGGACGUGGGGAUAUCACCAGCUUCACCCUCGGCGUCGUCGUCGGAUUUGGAGGAGGGGGACGUGGUCGUGGUUCAGAUGGGGAAGGAGGUGGGGAUUUGAGAUGGAAAAAACAAAGGCUGGGAAACGGGAAGGGGGUUCAAGAAACGUAUAUAUAUUCUUCGAGCGAUACACAAACAUACCUCACACAUGGAGACAGGGUACAUACAGUCAGGGUAUACGAGAUCUAGCGUAGACAAGGAACAGACAUAAUCAAGCACAUAUUACCUCGAAACGCA